AUGGAGGUCCAGAGACUUUGCUCAGUAUUGGAUCGGCAUCUAGCCGGGUACGGUGAUUUCACGGGCGAUGCAGGACUGCGUCCGGAAGGUCCGAGACAGUAUCUGGUCGGUGACAGAUACAGCAUCGCAGAUAUGGCAUGUUUCCCCUGGGCGUACAUGCUGUUCGGCAAGGGCUACAACCGGCCUAAGCAACCGGAUGCGAAGGAUUUCUUGAGUAUACAUCAGUAUACCCACCUCAAAUCCUGGGUGGCUCGGAUAGCGGAACGACCAGCAGUGCAGCGUGGUAUCCGAGUCUGCGCCGGCUCUCCAAAGCCGUGGCUGAACAAGGACAAGAGCAAAUCCAAGCUCUAA